AUGGAAAAUCAAGAUGAAACUUAAAAUAAUUAAUUACUUCAUUCUUUAGUUAACUAAAGUAGAAUUAAUGAAAGCAUAAACUAGAUACAUCUAUUCGACUUGAUGAGUAAAUAUAAUCCAGGACCUCCAAUGAAGAAAACUAUAGUUAAUGAUCAAGAUUUUAUUGAUGAAUUAGAAUAAUUUUUAUAUCAAUUAGAACAACCUAAAAGACUCAAGUUUUAUGACGAAUCAAUAGUUCUUUUAGAUGAAAAUGAUAAUCAUUUAAUUUUAGAUUUUAAAAAUUUAAAUAAUACUAUAGUAUAUAUAUAAUAUAUAAUUAAUUUGAAUAAAUUAAACAAACCUAGUUGAGUGUAAUAAAUAAGACUCUAAAUGUUAGAAAUAAUAGGAUGCUUGGCUUGGUAAGCUUCCACUCAAACAUGAAUUUGAUGAUCUUGAAGAACUUGAAAAAAUACUAUCUUAAUGA